UCGCCCAACUACGUAUCGGACAAGCGCUGGGCAUUCUCAGGCUAUCAUGGCUUCGUAGGAGCUUGAGCCACCAGUCGCGAAUCGUGGGACUCUGAACAAUGCACAAAGUUGCACAGCACCUUACGUCGCCAGAGAGCACCAGACAAGAAUGGCGACCCACGCACCUUCCGGAAUCACGAAACCUUCGCUCCGAGUGCUCUCGCCGACCCCGGACAUGUCUCGAGAUAUCAUCGGUCGGGACGUCAGAAGAGUGGGCCGCUAGCAUGUCGCCAACCAACAUACCACAUCAUCCAAAGCGGUGCGAAAAAAGUCGACUCAAGGCAUCAGCUGCUGGCCCAGGAUCCAGCGUCCACAAAGACACAAAGACGAUGAGGACAGGUCGCGCAGUCCGGGCUGUGACGGCUGAGGGUUCGUCCGGCAGUGGGAGGACGAGCAUAGUCCUGCAGGUGACAAUUAUCAUGUGCUCUUCUUUCCAUGUCCGCGCGGCAGAACGCAGGGUCGUACCGAGCCUAGCGACGAGCGGCGCAAUUCGUAAAGUGGUUUGCGAGGCACAAACGAUGGAGCUGGACUCAGGUGGGGCACUGUCCUGCGCUACGCACUCGUGGCUCAACAGAAUUCCUCCAGGAGAACGCGAGAUUGAAAGAAAAAUUCCACUCCUGUAUCUUGCCCCGUUCGACUUGCCAACUACAAGUUAUGGGAGCUCCGGGUCUUCUGUUUCUGUGCUGUAUUAAUGCAAUCAAGCCACUGAUCGACAAUGCGUAUGUUCCUGCGAUGCUCCUUUUCUCCGAAUCGUGAUCUCCGAGUUCAGAUGCACGCCGCAGACCCAUAAUUCUCAAUGCAUGACGCAACAUUGACAGCUGUUGAGCACCGACCACAAAUAUGUAUUACCGAAGGGAAUGGCCUUAAUGCUCAGGGUCUCCAUCGCUCAUUCGGGUAGAUCAGACGCCUUCAAAAUGGUCAGCAG